UUCUGAGGAAGAUCGAACAAAGCCAUGGCGACAUCUUCUCCUUCCAUUUCUAUCUUUUUCUUGUUUCUGUUUCUUCGUUCAUUUCCUCUGAUUUUGUCUUCAUCGGAAUCGGAUUCUCCUCACAACUUCAUCAUCCACGUCUCCAAAUCCCACAAGCCUUCUCUUUUCUCAUCUUCUGGUCACUGGUACACCUCCAUCAUCGAAUCCCUCCCACAUUCCCCCCACCCCACCAAACUUCUCUACACCUAUGAACACGCCAUCAAUGGCUUCUCCGCCAGCCUCACCGCCGAGCAGGCAUUCAAACUCCGCCAGCUUCCCGGGAUCCUUUCCGUUAUUCCGGACCAGGCGCGUCAGAUUCACACCACCCGCACACCUCACUUUUUGGGCCUUACCAACGGAAUUGGCCUUUGGCAUAGCUCGUGUUACGGCGAUGGUGUGAUAAUCGGAGUUCUUGACACUGGAAUUUGGCCGGAGAGUCCGAGUUUCUCGGAUUCGGGUCUAUCCCCUGUUCCGUCGGGUUGGAAGGGUAAAUGCGAAACAGGGCCUGAUUUUCCGGCUUCCGCUUGCAAUCAGAAGAUCAUCGGCGCCAGAGCGUUUUACAGAGGCUAUGAGUCGGAUCUUGGAAAACCCAUGGAUGAGUCAAAGGAAUCUAAAUCGCCGCGGGAUACUGAGGGCCAUGGGACCCAUACUGCUUCGACGGCGGCCGGAUCUGUGGUAGUAAAUGCUAGUCUCUACCAGUAUGCAUAUGGGGAAGCCCGUGGUAUGGCGGCGAAAGCUCGAAUUGCCGCUUACAAAAUCUGUUGGAGUAUUGGUUGUUUUGAUUCCGAUAUACUUGCAGCAAUGGACCAAGCGAUCUCCGAUGGGGUUGAUGUGAUCUCUUUAUCCGUUGGAGCAACAGGGUAUGCUCCUGAGUACUACCAUGAUUCUAUAGCAAUUGGGGCUUUUGGUGCCGCACAGCACGGAAUUGUUGUGUCAUGUUCUGCUGGGAAUUCUGGUCCAGGUCCGUUCACCGCAGUGAACAUUGCCCCGUGGAUUUUAACAGUUGGCGCUUCCACAAUUGAUCGGGAAUUUCCAGCUGAUGCUGUUCUCGGCGAUGGAAGGAUCUUUAGCGGCGUGUCACUGUACUCCGGCGAUUCUCUUCCUGAUUUCCAACUUCCUCUGAUCUACGCCGGCGACUCUGGGAGUAGAUAUUGCUAUACUGGCAGCCUAUCUCCAUCCAAAGUUCAGGGGAAAAUCGUUGUGUGUGACAGGGGAGGGAAUGCCAGAGUCGAAAAGGGAAGUGCAGUGAAGCUUGCCGGUGGGUUGGGAAUGAUUCUUGCAAAUACUGCAGGGAACGGUGAAGAAUUGAUCGCCGAUUCCCAUCUAAUUCCAGCAAACAUGGUAGGGGAGGAAGCCGGCAAUGAGAUACGAGAUUACAUUAAGUUGAGUCAAUUCCCUACUGCCACAAUCGUGUUCCGUGGGACAGUGAUUGGCCCAACCCCGCCGGCCCCUAAGGUAGCAGCUUUCUCCAGUCGGGGUCCAAACCACCUGACCCCAGAGAUCCUCAAGCCAGACGUCAUUGCUCCCGGUGUUAACAUCCUGGCCGGAUGGACUGGCUUCACCGGACCAACUGAUCUCGACAUUGAUCCCAGAAGAGUUAAUUUCAACAUAAUUUCAGGUACUUCAAUGUCCUGCCCUCACGUCAGCGGAUUGGCUGCACUGCUCCGAAAGGCAUACCCCAAUUGGUCACCAGCGGCCAUAAAAUCCGCCCUGAUGACAACUGCUUACACCAUUGAUAACUCCGGAAACAGCAUCAAGGAUCUCGCCACCAGCGACGAAUCAACCCCGUUUGUCCAUGGAGCCGGUCAUGUUGAUCCAAACAGAGCACUUCAUCCCGGAUUGGUGUACGACAUUAAUGCUAAUGACUACGUUGCAUUCCUCUGCUCCAUUGGGUAUGAUUCAUCCCUAAUCUCAGUUUUCCUUAGGGAGCCAGCUAGUGCCAACGUAUGUGAUGGGAAGUUGUCUUCUCCGGGGAGCCUGAAUUACCCAUCAUUCUCCGUUGUGUUUGGAUCGGACACUAAUGUUGUUAGAUACAAGAGGACGGUGAAGAAUGUUGGGAGUCUAGCGGAUGUUAUGUAUGAGGUUAAGGUGAAUGCUCCUCCAGGGAUUGAGAUCAGUGUCUGGCCAAGUAAGCUUGUGUUCAGCUCGGAGAACGAGGCAUUGUCGUACGAGGUUGAGUUUAGGAGUGGUGGUGAGAUAGGGUUGUCGGAUGUUGAAGGUCAGAAAUUUGGGUGGAUUCAGUGGUGUGAUGGGGUUCAUCAGGUGAGGAGUCCUGUUGCUGUUAGAUGGAGCCAGGGACCAAGGGAUGUUAUUUAAACUUUAAAGUUAUAUUUUUUGGGAUUUGUACUUUGUCUUCUUCCCGUUGUAUCAAUGUUCUGUUCGGACUUUAACAACAUCCAUUUAUCAUCUUAAACAUUGACAUUGAAACUUCCAUAAAAAUUUUAUAAUGAAGUAAAUUAUUGCUU